AUGGCCUCCUCCUCCUCCUCCCCCUCCUCCUCCACCAACCCCCCCACCCCCGUGGAGAACCUCAACACCAUCCUCGACAACCUCCGCGUGCAGGAACUCUCCUCCUCCGACACCUCAGAGCCAGCAUCAUCCCCCGCCGCCGCAGAGAGCUACUACCCCUACAACCCCUCCAACCCCUACAUCCCCCCCGCGCCGCCCGCGCCAGCGCUGUUCACGACCCUGCCGCUGCUGCGCGACGCCCUCACGACCCGCUCGUCGGUGGACCAGGAUGCGACCGUCAACUCGUGCAUCCGCUACCUCGGCUACCCCGAGGACCCGUUCCCGAUCCUGGACCGCGAGAACCACAUCGCGUUCCUCGAGAGCGGGCUCACGAGUAAGCUGCCGGACUACAUGGUCGCCUACGACGCCUCGCGCGCCUGGCUGGUCUACUGGUGUCUCUCGGGGCUUGCGUCGCUCGGCGUCGACCUGGCAAAGUACCGCGCCCGCGUCAUGGACACGCUGCGCCCGCUGCAGAACGCGGAGGGCGGCUUCGGCGGCGGGAAUGGCCAGAUGAGCCAUAUCACGGCCACGUACGCCGCCGUUCUCGCGCUGUGCCUUGUCUCUCCGCGCCCCACUGCCGCCACCACCCCCAACGACAACGACAGGGAGGAGGAAGAGGACAAGGAAGCAGAGGAAACCCCGCUGGACCUCAUCGACCGCCGCGCAAUGCUGAAAUACCUCCACAGCGUCAAGGUCCCCGAAACCGGCGGCUUCCGCGUCGCCAUCAACGGCGAGUCCGACGUGCGCGGCUGCUACUGCGCCCUCGUCAUCAUCACGCUCCUCGGCCUGCCCACCUCCAACGGCCUCGUGCGCGGGACCCGCGGCUACCUCUCGCGCUGCCAGACGUUCGAGGGCGGCUUCGGCGCCACGCCCGACGGAAACGAGGCCCACGGCGGAUACGCCUUCUGUGCGCUGGCCGCGCUGUGCAUGCUCGGUGAGCCGCGCGAGGUCAUGACCUCCUCGCUGGACAUGGGCCGGCUGAUUGCGUGGCUGAGCGCGCGGCAGUAUGCGCCCGAGGGGGGGCUGUCCGGGAGGACGAAUAAGCUGGUGGAUGGGUGCUAUAGCACGUGGGUGGGCGGGUGCUGGCCGCUGGUCGAGGCGGCGUGUAAUGGCCCGCAGAAGCCGGGGGAGCUGGUGGGCGGCGUGGUGGGGAGCUUGUGGAGUCGUGAGGGGCUCGCGAGGUAUAUCCUUGCGUGCUGCCAGAAUAUGAAGGGCGGGAUGAGGGAUAAGCCGAAUAAAGCACCGGACUUUUACCACACCUGCUACGUCCUGCUCGGCCUCAGCAGUGCCCAGCACUACUCCUACUACACCCCCUCCCCCGAGACGCUCCCCGCCUCCGCGCCCCUCGCGGGCGAAGAGGGGGAGAACGAGGACCUCCCCCUCAGAUCGGCCUUCACCUGGCGCGUCAGCGAGAAGAUCCCGUCCGUCGUGAAGGGCGUGUAUGAGCCCGUCGUCGAGGACAUCCCGACGUGGCCCGACGACGUCGCGGAGGAGGGCGCGGUGGGCGAUAGGUUGAAGCCGCAUCAUCCGAUCUUUAAUAUCCCGUUGGAGUGUGUGGAGGCGGCGGAGAGGUGGGUUGCGGGGAGGGUCGGGUUUUGA